AAGAAGCUUACCUUAAGUACCUACGCCGCGCUCGCAUUGCAUCUCUUUCUUCUUUGUAGGGUUCCAUAAACCCUUCUUCUUCUUCUCUCACUCUCUCUCUGCAACAACAACAACAAUGGGUGCUUCACUGCCUCCUAAAGAGGCCAAUCUAUUCAAGCUUAUUGUUAAAUCAUAUGAAACAAAGCAAUAUAAAAAGGGCCUCAAGGCGGCUGAUGCUAUUUUGAAAAAAUUUCCAGAUCAUGGAGAAACUUUAUCAAUGAAGGGUUUAACAUUAAAUUGCAUGGAUCGUAAGUCUGAAGCAUAUGAACUUGUUCGUCAAGGAUUGAAGAAUGACCUUAAAAGUCAUGUUUGCUGGCAUGUUUUUGGUCUCCUUUAUCGGUCAGACAGAGAAUACAGGGAGGCAAUCAAGUGCUACCGAAAUGCACUGAGAAUAGAUCCUGAAAAUAUUGAAAUUCUGCGUGACUUAUCACUCUUACAGGCUCAAAUGAGAGAUUUAUCUGGCUUUGUUGAGACUAGACAACAACUUUUGACUCUUAAGCCAAACCAUCGCAUGAACUGGAUUGGCUUUUCUGUUGCUCAUCAUUUAAACUCCAAUGCAUCCAAGGCUGUGGAAAUUUUGGAAGCAUAUGAAGGGACUUUAGAAAAUGAUCAUCCUCCAGAUAAUGAACGGUUGGAGCAUGGGGAAAUGAUUUUAUAUAAGAUCUCUUUGUUAGAGCAAUGUGGAUUUCUUGAGAGAGCUCUUGGAGAGUUGCGCCAAAAAGAAACAAAAAUUGUUGAUAAACUUGCUUUUAAAGAACAAGAGGUUUCACUUCUAGUGAAGCUUGGUCAUUUAGAAGAAGCAGAAACGUUAUACAGGACAUUACUUUCCAUGAACCCCGAUAAUUAUAGUUACUAUGAAGGUCUCCAAAAGUGUGUUGGAUUGUAUUUAGAAGAUGGGAAGUACUCUGCUGAUCAAAUAGAUCAGUUAGUUUUGUUGUAUGAAACACUUGGGCAGCAAUAUAAGUGGUCUUCUGCAGUAAAGAGAAUACCCCUGGAUUUUUUACAAGGUGACAAAUUUCGAGAAGCAGCAGAAAAUUAUAUUAGGCCUCUCUUAACUAAGGGAGUCCCAUCUCUGUUUUCGGAUCUUUCUUCUUUGUACACUCAUUCUGGGAAGGCAGAUAUUUUGGAACAACUCAUUCUUGAGUUAGAACAGUCAAUUAAGACGUCAAGCCAAUAUCCUGGGAGUACGGAGAAAGAGUCCUCUUCAACUCUUUUGUGGACUUUAUUUUUCCUGGCUCAGCAUUAUGACAGACGUGGCCAAUAUGAGACUUCUCUUUCUAAAAUCGAAGAGGCUAUAGAACACACACCUACUGUUAUUGAUCUAUAUUCUUUCAAGAGUCGGUUACUGAAGCAUGCUGGUGAUUUGAAUGCUGCUGCUGCAUUUGCAGAUGAAGCAAGGCUUAUGGAUCUUGCUGACCGUUAUGUUAAUAGUGAAUGUGUUAAGCGCAUGCUGCAGGCUGAUCAGGUGGAUUUGGCAGAAAAAAUUGCUGUAUUGUUCACAAAAGAGGGGGAUCAACAUAACAACCUUCAUGAUAUGCAAUGCAUGUGGUAUGAGCUGGCCUCAGGUGAAAGCUUUUUCCGCCAGGGCAAUCUUGGGCGGGCUCUCAAGAAAUUUUUAGGAGUGGAGAAGCAUUAUGCUGAUAUUACUGAGGACCAAUUUGAUUUUCAUUCAUACUGCUUAAGGAAAAUGACUUUGCGUUCUUAUGUUGACAUGCUUAAAUUUCAAGACCAAUUGCACUCACAUCCCUAUUUUCAUAAAGCAGCAGCAGGAGCCAUCAGGUGUUAUAUUAAGUUGCAUGAUUUUCCCCCAAAGUCUACAACAGAGGAAGAUGAGCACAUGUCAAAUUUGCUUCCUUCUCAGAAAAAGAAAUUGCGACAAAAGCAAAGAAAGGCAGAAGCAAGAGCUAAGAAAGAGGCAGAAGAAAAGAACGAAGAGUUAAAUUCUAGCGUGGUAUCGAAGUCUGGGAAACGACCUGUAAAGCCUGUUGAUCCUGAUCCACAUGGGGAGAAGUUAUUACAGGUUGAAGAUCCAUUGUCCGAAGCUGUUAAAUACUUGAAGUUGCUGCAGAAGAAUUCACCCGAUUCAUUGGAAACACAUUUGCUCUCUUUUGAAUUAUAUACAAGGAAACGGAAAAUUUUGCUUGCCUUUCAGGCUGUAAAGCAGUUACUGAGGUUGGAUGCUGACCACCCUGAUUCUCAUCGUUGCUUGAUUAAAUUUUUCCAUCAAUUGGGUUCCAUGAGCACUCCUGUAACUGAAAGCGAGAAACUGAUAUGGAGUGUCUUAGAAGCCGAGCGCUCAACUAUUAGUCAGCUGCAUGAGAAAUCUCUUUUCGAAGCAAACAAUGCUUUCCAUGACAAUCAUAAAGAUUCUUUGAUGCAUAGAGCAGCUUUUGCGGAAAUCUUGUACAUUUUGGAUUCUAAUAGAAAGUCUGAGGCUGUCAAAUUGAUUGAAGAUUCAGUAAAUAAUACUGUGCCAAGAAAUGGAGCAAUUGGACCAAUCGGGGAAUGGAAACUUGAAGACUGUAUUGCAGUUCACAAGCUUCUUGGAACAGUACUUGUUGACCAAGAUGCGGCAUUGAGGUGGAAAGUGCGUUGUGCAGAGUACUUCCCUUAUUCAACUUACUUUGAGGGAAGGCACAGCUCUGCCUCUCCCAACUCGGCCUUUAGUCAGUUACGAAAGAACUCAGAAAAUGAUGGUCCUAACCAUUCAGUUGAUAAUCAAAAUGUGGGUUCUACCACAUCGAAUGGGAGAGCAUUCGAAAAUCUCACCAUCUCAUAAAUACAAUCAUGAAGCUAACAGAUAUGUGCAAACGACUUGGUUUGGGUGCUUGGUAAACCAAACUGCAAUUUACGCUCCCAGAAAUGACCAUGAUGCUGUUUGCAUCAUGUCUCACAGUUUUGGUUCCUGCUAUGGCAAAUUCUACACGUUCUACCUCCCAUAUGUGAAAUCUAUUCAGUUUGCAAAUGUGUAUAAUUUUACUUCAAAUAAUGUUUUAUAAUUGGUUCUCUUUUAUUUGCUCACCCUUUUUCCUGGGAGGUGGUAGAGGGGCUCCAUGGAUUUGCUCUAUUGUCUGAGGUUAUCAUUUUAGUUGCUGGGAGAGGCUACACAAUUUUUAGGCUUCUGGUUUUGCAUCCAACCAACAUAAAUCAGGGAGAGCAUGUUGUAUCUUUCCUAUUUUAUCAUGUAUAAGCAUUAAAUUAUGUUGAAAUUUUGCUACGAGAUGCUGGAAUGACAGCUUUAGUUACAAAAAGGAUUUAGUUUAGUACUCUGUUGUAUUAUAGAUGGUGUUUUAAUGUCUGUGCAGAACGGAAUGAACUAAUUUGGUUCUGUUUUGAUGAAUGAAGUUUAAACUCCUUGUUUGGUCUGUUUUGAAAA